AGCUGCUCAACAAUGACAUAACCGCAUCGAUUUUGUGCAGAAAACAUGCACUGUUUUGUAAUCUAGUUAAAAGUUUGAAUUUUUCACUGAAAAUUCCCAAUUAUUUCCUUCAAACACAAUGAAUCAUUUGUGCAAAUCAUUCUCCAAGCUUUAUUUGCAACCAUCUUCCCGGGUGGCCGCAGUAAGUCGCCUGCUUUCAUCGAAUCCCUGCCUGCUGCAAAGUUCUGCUGCCGAAACGGAGAAGAUUGUCGUGCCCCGGCGGAUAGAGCGAGGACCCACGGAUGUUCUGAAUGCCCUUUCCAGCACGGUAGGAUUUGACCCGACCGCUGCACACUUCAAGUACCACGAUGACCCCUAUCUGAUUCCGACAUCCAAUGUGGCGAAGAAGACCUACGCGAUGGCUCAGGAAUCCGGCCGGAAGGCAGCCCUUUGGAUCCGGCAGGAGAACGCGAAACUUUUCCAGCAUAAAGAAGCUGACCCACCCGUUCCUGCUUUCAUACCCACCAUGGUUUACACCGAGGAGAGCAAAGUGGAAGUAACCGAUCUGGAGAAAUUGAUCGAAAAUGUCGACGUAAAGGAUGCCGUUUUAGUAUACAAUCUGUUGAAGAAAAGCAAGAUCGACGUAAGCCCGGAACUGAAACAAUCGUUGAUGGAAUUGUUGUGCUUCUUCAACCAUGAGGAGUCGCUACCGGAGGAAUUCAUCGAGGAACGGUGGUUCCGGCAGGGCGUAACGGAGAAGGGUCGCCAAAGAAAAACCUGGAAAGAUUUUGAGCUGGCGGAACAGAUUUUCCACGAGAUUGAAUACAAGAAGCCCGAGCACUACUGUGCGCUGAUUCGCGGCAUGGCCAAGUACUUCCAGGUGGAAAAAGCAUGGGCUCUAUAUCAAGAGACGAUUGAGAAAGGAAUCUUAUUGGAUACGAACACCUUCAACAGCUUGCUCCAGAUCGCUUCAUUCUUGAAAGAGAGCUACGAAAUGAGAUGGGAUUUGGUUUGCGAAGUUUUAACUACAAUGAAAAACCAAGGUCUAAAGCCCAACAUUGGAACGAUGAACGCUAUUCUGCAGACCAUAACGACCAUCGGAGGCUAUAACCAUCCGAGAACCUAUGCUCUGAAGACACUGUCGGAGUUCAAAAAACUCGGAAUCGAACCGUCCUUGGCCAGCUGGUACUACAUGUUGGCAAUUUUCUGUCGGGAACGCGGUCCUACGAGCCACAUCCUACACGACAUUAUGAACGAGAUCGAAAACAAGGAGUUCCAGAUUCAAGAUCCCAAAGAUACUUUCUUUUUCGUUACCGCCAUGGAUGUUUGUCGCCACCAUCUGCACGAUAAAGAUCUUGCAAAACGAGUGAAUAACUUGCUUCACUUUAAGGACAAUUACAAUCUAAUAGGAGACUCGUAUAAAGAGUCAAUCUACUACCGAAACUACUUUACAAUCCUCUGCAACACUGAGCCGCUGGAAACAUUCAUGGAAACCUACAAUUUGCUCGUCCCGAAUGUCUACAUUCCGGAGCCAUCUGUGAUGGAGGAUAUUCUCAAGUCGAUAGACGUAAACUGUGCCUCGGAUCACCUCCCUCAGAUAUGGUCGCACAUGAUCCAAUUCGAUCAUACCGGUCGUGAAAACCUGCUGAACCUAAUUCUGCAAAUAAUGAUCGCUAACCCACCGCAAAGCGAAGAACUUAACGAUAAGUUUACCGCGAUAGCGUGGGAUAUGUACAGUCGGCUGGAGGAACAACUUGCUGCUGGCAGUGGCCGCAACCAACGGACCGGAUUCUCUGGUGCUCUACUUGGAGACAUUCUCACCAUCUGUUGUCGCGUAAAGAAUUUCGAAAAGGCGCAAACUCUGUUCGAGAAAAUAAACAACGAACAGAAUUCGAUCGUCGGCGAUCCCAAAGUGAUGGCUAUGAGAGCAUUUAUUGAGCUGUGCAUCGAAGAGAAGAAACCCAGCCUGGCUAUCAAUUGCUUGCAAUACUGUGCGGAGAAUGGCUUCCCGGAGAGUGCCGAAUUCGCACGACUCAUCCACGGUUCGAUGACGCUGAACGAGGCGCACUUGGAGAAGAUCAAGCGUUAUGUAGGGGCGGAUGUUCUGAAGCCAACGAAGAGUGCCGAAGAUGCGGGUAAGUGAUAAUUUCUCUUUGUGUAGAUUGGGAAAUAGAUGAAUGAUGUUUUGAGUCAGUUAAA